UCUUGUGACUGGUCUUGUGAUGGUCUUGUGACUGGUCUUGUGAUGGUCUUGUGACUGGUCUUGUGAUUGUCUCGACUACGACACCAUCGAUAUGUGUUGAAAUAUGAAUUUAUCUUGCCUUGAACUUAGCUUUAAUUGAUAAACAAUGUUUAAUUUACAGGCUCAAAUGCUUUAUAAUGAGUGAAUUUUUCUUCAUUGUUUAGAAAGACCUGAUCUGUAUAGAAAUUCACAUUACUGCACUAGGGAUGUUUAAAUCUUGAUCACACAGUACAUGUAUUUACAUUAUGUUUUAUGUAUCAAGUUAAUGAAGGAAUGAUUUAGUAUUUUUUUCAUUUUCCCCGACAAGAGGAAAAAGAACUGUUCCUUAAAUUGUGAACAAAAUCUGAGGGUGUUGACCGUCGCUUUUGGUGUAAUUCCAGUCUGUGAGAGAGGAGCCGAAACCACCAAUAAAUUCACAUCAGCCACACAGUCAAUGUGUUUAUGGUCUUCCGUUUGUUUAUUCUAAUUCCUAGCAUGUUUAAUCAUUCAAAAGUUAACUUUAUAGUACUGUUAUACACCCCGAAUCGACGUUUCUCAUCUUUUCAAAAUUAUACAUGACUUGAAUGCAUAUUUUAUAACGUGUAUUCGAAAAGAAAUGUUCUCAGACAUAUACAGCUGUUGCAAGGUUGCUGCCCAAGUUUGUGGUAAAAUAUAAAAUGCGCCCUCUAUUCGCAGGCCGGCCUAAAUGCAUCACUAUAAUACUGUUCAAUCCAAAAUUACAGUGAUUCAUCGCAUCAAAAAGUAAAGUAUAUCUUGUGUACUAUGUACACGUACUUUACAUUACAUUUGAAACAAGAACCCUUACACUAAGUGCGAAUGUUACAUGAAUAAGUGAGGCCUUAUACACAUUGUAAAGGACUAAAACAUUUGAAGCUGUAACAAAUUAAAAGGGCAAUUGUAGCCAAAGAACAUUUGGGAAUCAAACAUUUCAAAUAACUACAAAAUGAUCUUACAAUCGUACAGUCUUUAUAGCGAGUUCUCAGGGUACGGGGAACAGAAAUCAGACCCCAAUUCAAGAUUUACUCAGCAUUACGUGCUGAACAUAAUCCACAGCAUAUUUAUCUUAAGCACGAGAGCCAAAACUACGUAAACCAACAAACAAUUGACACAGUCACCAAUAACGGCUAUUUGACUUGUUAAAAAAUAUCAGUUACAAAAACUUCAAUCAUUAUACUUAUUAUAAUCGUCACUUUUGUCCGAAAACGAUCUGAAGCAGAGCCCCUCUUCAAUUAAUUGCUGGCAUCCCCAUGAAGAAAUGGCGUCUUCAAGGAAUGGGCGUGGCUUCAUUUGAGUGACAGGAAUAACAUACCCCUCAGGGCUGUGUAAUCCUGCAUCUGUAAUGAGGUACGUACGCGUGCGUUCUGUGAAUAGCAGAAAUCGUCGUACGUGCUCCAUGCUCAGCUGUAUUGUGUUCCCUAAACUCAAGAAUUUGCCCCUGUCGAAAUCCAAAGAAGAACCCAAAGUUCCUUGAGUUUCGGCAUCCUAGACGUCGAUUUCUAGUUUGAUGUAAAGUACAGUGACAAUCGAAGAGUAAAUCUUGCCAUGGGAUUGGGAACGGUGAAGAUGCUCCUGCCUCUGCAGAUGAUGACAGCAUUGCUUGUGACCGCCUCGGCUCUGGAAUUCUCAUUCGAAUCCUUCUAUGGCAACAUAUCGGACGUCGACGAUGAAUACAAACGAAUCGUGGAUGAUGCUCAACGCUAUGUCAACAUCCAAUACCCGCAAGACAACAUCAAAGUUACUCAUUUCCAGGCUCGAGUGGCACCUGCUCCUCCUAACGAGAAGGAGUUCAGCACUAACUCCUUUCAAGCCCUCAGACUCGACGUGUGUCCAGGAAUCUUCUCGGCCAGUGUACAGGGCUUGAUCGUCCCCAACGAUCUGUGCUACGAGUGCCGAUCCGUGGGUGCCAUGGUGGGCAAUGCUGUCAACCCUACCAUCGCUUUAGACCAGGCCGAGGGCUCUCGAGCCUUUAAAAUGCUCCCCACCACAUCAGAAAUGGUGGAUAUGUUCGUUCAUCUCAUCAAUUACACCAAGUGGUAUGACUUCAUCGUCUUGUACGAUCAGGAUUCUGGUCUCGAUGUCGCCGAUGCGUUGAUGGGCUAUGCGGAUAUGUACGGUUGGAAUGUGAAGAUGCAGAAAGUGACAGAUCAUAAGCUGCUGACAGAAACACUGAAAGCUUCGAGGGUUCGGAACCUUCUCCUUUACUGCGAGUACCAGGAAAAUGCCAUGGAGGUUGUGCGCUUGGCUAUUGAAGAGGAUAUGAUGAAGGACUCCUACCACUGGAUGCUAGGCAACUUGAAUAUGCCGCUAACGUGGGAUGACGUCGACAAGAUCCGGAGGGGUGGGGCUUAUAUCACCCGCCUCCAGAUGCUGACGAAGAACAACGUGGCUUUCGACUACACGACUCAGAAGGCGGAGCCAUUAGACGAGUGGCCCUACCGUCUCAGACUUGCCUAUGAUUCCGUGCUCCUGUUCGCUCACGCCCUCCAACGGUACAAACAGAGGACUGGUCGCUUCCCUACCGAUCGAAUCUUCUGUCAAACGAUGGAGGAUUAUACCUACAGCCCAAUGGACCCCGAACUGAAAAGCGUCAGUUUUGAAGGAUUGAGUGGUGAAGUUGCCUUCGAUGAGCACGCCAAUCGUGUUAACUACACUGUUGACAUCUACAUGGGCAAAGGAGCAACAGUGUACGUGCAUAAUGACGUCGAGGAAGUCAAACCGCUGGGGACAUGGACACAGAAUAUUAAACAUUGGGAGCUGAAGUACGGCAGACAAUGGCCGAGCAAAACUCGCCUUUACAUGGGUCCUUUCAGGAAUGCAGAAGUCUACACCAUCAAGAUCGUCUCUCUAGAGGAGCCGCCAUAUCUCCUUGACGACAGCCGAGUCGGUAUCCAAGGUUUCAUCCCCGAGUUUCUUGUCCAUCUUAAGCGCGUCAUGGAGGAGGAACUGGGACACAAUUUCGAUUACGAACUGGAGUUGGUGUCUGAAGGAGACUACGGCAGAUACGACAUCGUGACCAACAGUUGGAGCGGCCUGAUGGGGAGACUAGUCAACGGGUAUGCAGAUAUUGCUGCAGCACCAAUGGCUAUCACACCACAUCGUGAUGAAUAUAUCGACUUUACCGUGCCUUUCAUCAAGAGCGAGUUGGGUGUUCUCAUCAAACAUCCGAGUUGGAUUUGGGAGUAUCCCUUCGCUCCUGUCUUUCCCUUCCGAUGGGACGUCUGGCUGGUCAAUCUGUUGGCUUUUGUUAUUGUGACGGUGCUGAUGACCCUCAUUGGCCGGUUCAACUCCCAGGAGUGGUCCAAGGCUGCUGAACGGGGAGAGGCGUCCCAGGAGCAGAGCGAGAGUUUUAAUGUCUGGAACACAUUCUGGUUCCAAGUGACCACGUUGUUUCUGCAGAGUUAUGACUCCUCACCGCGCUCUAUCACCGGCCGCGUCCUAGCUGCUUUUUGGUGGUUCUUCUGCAUCGUUAUGGUGUUCCUUUUCCUUUUCAACCUCACCCCUUUCCUGACGGCUUCUAAGAGUAUUGGUAUCGUUCGCGAUGUCGGCGACCUUCUAGACGAGACCACGGUUGAUGUCGGCUUCAUCAAGGAUAGCCCAGCUUACGACUUCUUCAAGUACUCCUUUGUGGAGGAUUAUCGUCGGUUCUGGGAGUACAUCCACGCUGCUAACGCCAUGUACGGAGACGAGACAACAAUUGAAGUCCGAGUUGAGGAGGCGGUACAGAGAGUUCGUCUGUCAAAUGGUCGCUAUGCCUUAAUCCACGACAAAGAAGUCUUGAAGAAGGAAGCAGCUAGAUGGCCGUGUGAUCUCUACAUUACCGGUGGCCACUUUGCCCUGGUCGAGUACGGCCUAGGAGUCCAGUCCGGCUCCCCACUCCGUGACCAGCUUACUUAUGCCGUGAGACGCCUGCAAGAGACGGGCAUCAUCGAUCAGAUAUGGAAGAACAAUACCGACAAUCCGCUCUGGGUUGAGUUGAACAAGGAGGGUACCUGUCAAGGCGAACCCUCUGUCUGGGAGAUUCAAGGUCUUUACUCCCUCACCUCGGUUGAUCUGAAAGGAUUAUACUUUAUGCUUAUGCUUGGCAUGGGAUUUGCCGUUAUCAUCUUCAUCUUAGAAGUCUUGGCUUACCAGCUGGGAUUCGGAUCUUCGUCUCCAGGGCAUGUUGGCAACCGACAGGAGAUGCAGAACUUAAGAGGCAGUGACAGGUACACAGGGGGAGGGGGAGGUCCCGUGGGUGGGGCAGACGUGGGCGGUAACGAAAAGAUGUGGAUAUAGACCUUAAAGAUUGAGUUGGAUAUUGAUAAAGUUUCUGGUCACCAAUAUUGAUAUUCAUUAACAUCACGGAAUAUAUACUGGUGAUAAAGAUUUCCGUAUUUGCCAAAGACGAGUAUUUUGUAAUCAUGACGACCCUGUAGACAAGUUUAUUAGGACUUGUCUGUUCACUUAGAGACUUUUUUCAAGUACUCGGCAUGAUAUACGCAAGUGGAUAGGAACAAACUUAUUUAGAAUUCUGGAGUGAAAUGAAAACUAAAAUAACUCGCUGUUGUAUUCUGAAUUGCAUAUGAGGAAAUCAACACAUAAAAUCUGGCCUUCAGUUUUGCUCAGAGGAAAAUUCUUUCUUUGACGCAAACCUUUUUAAUGCACUUUUGAUUUGUGGUGUAAAAUACUAUGUUGUAUAUAUGUUAGUUGUGAUUAAUCCUUUUUGAAUUUGAUGUUACAAUUGGAAAAUUCUAAGAGUUUAGAUUUGAGAUUUUAUCAUUUCCUACUAAUUCUUCUGCAGCCUUUUUUGAGCCAGUUCUGUUUUGUCGGAUUGGAUGAAUGUUAAUGCAUGAUUCCAUUAAUAGUGGAGGUACGCCCGAUGUGAGCUUCGUCUCAGUCGAGUUAUUUUUCAUGAAUUUGUAGUCACUGAUCGUGAUCCAAAUAAUUAAGAAAUUUCUCACUGACUGGAAGAAAGGCUCUCUGUUUUCAUGCUUAUAUUUGAAAUUUAUUAAAAACAGAUUUUUUUGUAUAAACUUGCUUUGCAGAAAAAAAAGGUCAGCGGGUUAAUGUGACAGUUACACUUAUUAAAUAAGCUCAGAUCAAGACAAAUUGCCCAUGUAAAAUCGCCGUUUUGGUGACAAAUUUCCUAGCAGACUGGAGACCAAAGACUUACACCAUGUUUUGAUCCGCAGUUUCUGGAUUGUGUUGGUUUAACAUUUUGUACCUGUGUAUUCAGUGAUAAUUCUUUAUGAGAGUUUUGCAACUUUGUAAACGGUUUAUUUUAGUCACAUUUAUGUAAAUAAUUUUAGCGCUUCCUUGUUACCAAAAACUGCUUGUACGUGAGCUGUCAGUGAACGCCGAGGUUGUGAAAAAUUCUGUAAGAAAGUGUAUUAAUCAGAAUGCUGGAGAUCGUGGGUGUCUUUUAACCACCCCUUGUCGAGAGAGAAAAUUACCGUCUGAAAUUGUCGGCCAAUAUUUACUGAGAAAUUAGGAACUUGUAGUUUUUAAUCCCAUUGGUUUGAUAUGUUUACACUAAGCUCUGUGCAACACCCUCUGUUGACCGACAGCUUUUUACCUACGAGUUUUUCGUGCACUGUACCUAGUUUUAAAUCGUAGUACAUGUAUCUAAUUUUUAAAUACUUUUUUUUCUUAUAAAGUUUGUAAAAUUACAGUUUGGUGGAAGGAAAUAAACUAAGUUGUAGUAUUUUGUAA